AUGGUGCAGGCCAUCCCUCUGAAGGUGCACGACUUCACGACGAGAGAUGUGUCAAACGUGCUCUACGGAUUUGGCCUUCUUCGCCAUAGACCAGUUCGGGUUGCGCUGAUGCUAAUUGACACUCUGCCUCCGAGGAUGCUGGACUGUAGCAGUCAGACCAUGGCAAACACUGCGUAUGCCCUGGCCUUGUUAAAUUUCAAGAGCGAGAGCUUCUGGCGAGCGCUUGCAGAGCACGCGCCGCAGCAGGUCCAUCGUUUCAAAGCACAAGAACUGGCGAUUCUUCUUUAUUCAUGUGGGCUGGUUCGCGCUCGACAUGAUCAGUUGUUGCAGGCUUCAUGUGAGAACGCACGACUACGGCUGCAUGAAUUCAGUCCUCAAAAUAUCUCGAACAUGGUCUAUGCGCUUGGCCUGCUUCGAUUUGUGGAUGCAUCAUUUCUGGAGGCCGCAUGCCACGUUGCAUCAGAGAGCUUCGAAAUGUUCACGGCGCAAGGCAUAUCGAACAUGACAUACUCGCUUGGUCUCUUAGCUUUUUCCAUGGAUGCCUUUCUGAAGCGUCUCUGCCUCGACUUGCCAAAGCGAGCCUGGGAGCUCUCUCCACAGCAUCUCGGAAACAUCGCCUUCGCCCUCAACCGAGUCUACCCACUUGAUUCUUGCGCGACACUGUGGCAGCGUGAUGAGUUUGAGCUCUGGAUGAGGUCGCAGCUGCUCUUGGCCCGCGAUGACGAGCGCAGCAAGGAGCAGCAUCUGUUGGACAGCCUGCGAAUACGGAAUCCGCGCGCCUGGAUGGCAGUAACAAAUAACCAGGGCACAUUGAUGCCCCGAUCCUUAUUGAAACUUUGCAAGAACCAGGCAGUGCAACUUGGGAGUCAGGAUGCCGAGCACCUUCUGCAGGCUCUACUGGAUUCCGAACUGCAGCAAAGCGACAACCCAGCUGGUACAUCGAAGCCAUUCUCACCGACAGACUCCAAGUCUCUGAAAACCCAAUUUGCACAACUCUGCCGGCAGUUUGCUUCCGGGAAACAGUGCUUGACCUAUGAAGAAUGGCUCAACUGGGAUGAGUUAGAUGGUUGCAGGGGCACAGGUGGCAGCAUAAGCACAGAAGGUGCUCGAAGUCUAUGGCUCAGAUUGGUCGGUGACGGCAACUCAGCCAAUGAGACGGAUUUCGUGCGGCUUGCUCAGGUGAUGCAGCAGGAGUGUGGACUUGCAACAACGAUUCAGUCCUUUAUCCGCGGAAGUGUAGGUCGCCGCACAGCCCGGCACCAGGCAGACGCUUGCCACAACCAGAGCACUUGCCUAGAGGCUGUGAAACUGGCACCCUAUAAUCCGACGCCAGACUGCGCCAUAAAGCAGGUGUUGGAUACCCUUGAAGUGCAGAGUGGAGACACGCUCUUUGAUCUAGGAUGUGGAGAUGGGCGAAUGCUCUUAGCAGCAGCCAGGCGAGGGGCUCGAGCAGUGGGAGUCGAAUAUGAUACCCGCUUUGCAGAAAAGGCCUCGGAAGCCAUCCGGGAAGCGAAGCUCGAGAGCUUGGCCAAAGUGAUCUGCGGUGAUGCGCUGAAGGCGAACCUGUCAGAGGCAACGAAGAUCUUCGUAUACCUGGUUCCUGACGGAUUGCGUCGGAUGAAUGCUGCCCUGUCGGAUGCAAGCCAGCGGGGUGUUCCUAUCGCCAGCUAUCUAUUCUCUUUGCCGGGCUGGAGUCCACAUGCAGUGCUUACAGCUGAAAGUCGCGGUGCAGAAUGCAAGGUUUGGAUUUACCGCCAGCUGGGCCUGCGUGUGGACAUGGGUUGCAAUACCAGCAGCACAGCUGCCAGUUCAUCAGCCAGUACAAAAGAUGGGAAAACCACUGGCAAUGCACAGGAUAAGCAGCAGGCAAAGGAAGAAAACAAACAGUAUCAGGCGACCAUGUCCUUCUUGUCGCAAGUCCCGCUCUUCAUGAGACUGCCAAAGGACCAGCAUCCUAUCUUGGCAGCUGCCUGUGUAAACCAGCCGUUCAAGGCAGGUCAGACAAUCAUUACACAGGGUGAAGUGGGCAGAGAAUUCUUCAUCAUCCAGUCUGGAGAGGCUGAGGUGCUGGUCGGUGAACCGGGUAGUCAGAAGAAGGUCGCCGCCCUGAAGCAGGGUGACUAUUUCGGAGAAAACGCCUUGCUUCGAAACGAGCCCCGCUCUGCUACGAUCAAGGCGGUGACAGAAAUCAGGACUCUGAAGAUUACUCAGGAGAAGUUCCAGGACCUCGGUCUGAACGAAAAGAUCCAGUUUGCCAACAGAAAAGCAGUGGGUGCUGGAGGCAAGAGGCAGCUGGUGGUACAGGCGCCCACAGAAAAGAACACGGAUGAGCGGCAGCUUAUGGAGAAAGCGCUCAAGAAGAACGAGAACAUCCAGACAAUGGUGAAACUAGACGAGAUCCGGGUAAAGCAGAUCAUUGACAUUGCCUGGAAGGAGAAUGUGCCUAGCGGGAGGGAAAUUAUCUCCGAAGGUGAUUUGAUUGCCGAUUACUUCUAUAUCUGCCAGACGGGGACAUUUGAGAUUUUUGUUGCGGACACCAAAAAGGGUGGCGAAGGGAAGCGCAAGCUGGUGCAAACUGUGACAGCCGGUGGAAGCUUUGGCGAGCUAGCACUGCUCUACCUAGUGCCGCGGGCAGCCACGGUCAUUGCGAAGGAAGACUCCUCAGUUUGGGUCAUCGAUCGCAAGAACUUCAAAGACAUCCUGAUGAAGGUCUCUGACGAGAAGAUUCAGGAGUACGUGAAGUAUUUGAGCAGGGUUGAAAUUUUGAGCAGUUUGCUCGCUGCGGAAAAGCAGCAAGUGGCCAAAGCGCUCAUGGAGGUUCAUUUUGCGAAGAACGAGGUGAUCAUUCAACAAGGUGAUCCAGGCACAACUUUUUACAUUCUCUUUGAAGGAGAGGUUGCAGUCUCGAUAGAUGGCGACGAAAAGGUUCGCCUCCAGGCUAGCGAAGACAGGGGAACAGCUCAAUAUUUUGGCGAGCGUGCCCUGUUGCACAACGAGCCGCGGGCGGCAACGGUGAGGGUAGUGUCCAAGGAUGCCAAGGCACUGGCGCUGGACAAGGAAGCCUUUGACCUGCUGCUGGGACCCUUGGAGGAAAUUCUUGCUCGCAAAGAUCAGGGAAAUCAACCAUCAAAGGGCGCUGUCGCUCCUCCUGCAGGAGGAGCAGGUGGUGGCCGGGAUCCAAACAGGCCAAAGAUCCUGAUGAGUGAUCUCCAGAAGAUUGGCCUCCUCGGAGCUGGUGGCUUCGGUGCCGUAGAGCUUUGGGAGCACAAGUCGAGUGGAGAGACCUAUGCCAUGAAAUGCAUCAGCAAGGGUUUCAUCGUGAAGACGGGAAUGCAGGACAGUGUGAUCACUGAAAAGAACAUCCUCUUCAUGACGAACUCAGACUUCAUCAUCCGUCUGUACGAGACGUAUAACUCCAAGCAGUCGAUCUAUUUCUUGAUGGAGCCUGCUUUGGGCGGAGAAUUGUAUUCGAUGUACCAGAGGAAGGGCUUCUACGGAAGCGAAAAGCACGCGAGAUACUACUCUGCGGGUGUGGUGUGUGCCUUCGAACAUCUCCACGAAAGACACAUCAUCUACAGGGAUCUGAAACCAGAGAACCUGCUCCUCAAUGAGAAGGGCCAUCUAAAGGUCACAGACAUGGGCUUGGCGAAGUUCGUCAUUGGCAAGACUUACACGACCUGUGGCACGCCGGACUAUUUCGCCCCAGAAGUCAUUGCGUCGACUGGACACACCCAUGCCGUGGACUGGUGGAUGCUCGGGGUCCUCGUCUUCGAGUUCAUGACUGGAUCGGCUCCUUUCGAAGCGCCAUACCCAAUGCAGAUCUAUGCGAAAGUUCUGAAGGGCAUCAACUCUGUGAAGUUCCCUCCGCAGCUGUCGCCCCAAUGUGUGGAUCUAAUAAAGGCAAUUUGCCAAAAGGAGCCAGCAGACCGAUUACCGAUGCUUCCUGGUGGUGCCAAAAACCUGAAGGCCCAUGCCUGGUACAAAGGCUUCAACUGGGACAAGUUUACGGAGUUCACUCUGGAUCCCCCCUUUGCACCGAAGGUGAGGGGCAAGAAGGACUUGGCAAACUUCAGCGUCCAUCCUGAUGAGAUGCCGCGUUUCAUCGAGUACGUGGACGAUGGAAGCGGGUGGGACAAGGACUUUGCGACAUGCUGA